GUUCAAAUGUUUACCGUCAGACGAUCGCGAAGUGUUGCGAGACAAAUAGUCGAUCUUUCGUUCAUUUGUUUGUUCAAAAAUCGUUCUUUUAAAUAAACAAUUAUAAAACAAAAUCAGUGAACAUUCAAUUAUAAAAUACUUUGCGGUGUCACGUUCAAGAUGGGAGUGAUGAGUGUCUUAAAGUGGCUCAGAAAGGAUAUUCGUUGCAGAGACAGAAGAAGACAAAGCUUAUCCGAGAGACAACAGAUCUUUCCAAAUGAAUCUUAUCGAAACGCUUUACAAGCAUUUAUGGAUCGUCGAAGAUUUUCAGCAUCGGUCAUAGAAAGAAGAACUCCUCCUAACAAUAUUUUAGAUGUAAAUAGCGAUUCUUUAUUAACGGAGAAUAAUACUGUUAACAAUAUCGAAAAAGAUAAUGAUAUUAGUGGAAACGAUUGUAAAAUAUCUCAAGAAGAAGAUUCAUUAUUUAUGCUGGAUGUACCACAUGUACCGGCAUCGGAGAUCUUUGAGAUCGGAUCGGUCGCUGGAACGGAGGAUCGAUAUUUGGAAUUGAUCUAUGCUGAGUGGGAAAACACGCGAAUCUCAUUGAAGAGGCAAACGCAUCCGGAGUGUCGAAACGCGGUCAAAGCCGACAUGGAAAUUCUCACGAAAAUUCGCCAUCCAAAUGUAUUGAUGCUAAUGGCUUUAACACAGACGGAAGAACACGGGCUCAUUUCAAUUCUCGAACCCGUAGACUGUACCCUUUACAAUUACAUACACGAGCAAGGCGAACGAAUUUCCGUUCGACAGAUGGCAAGGUUCGCCGGAAAAUUAGCCGAUGCACUUAGGCAUGCACACAUGCGUGGUUACAUCCACAGUGCGAUUAGUCCCCAUUGCGUUUAUCUCACCUUUGGUGAAACUGUUAAACUUGCUGGAUGGGAAUUGGCUGUCAGCGUAACUAACUCAAAAUCCAAACAAAAAUACGAGGACAUUUUACGUAGCGAAAUCAUCAGAUGGCAAGCACCAGAAUUAUUUUCUAAUAUUGUCUGCAAAGAGAACGACAUUUAUGGGCUUGCCUUACUCAUAUGGGAAAUGUGCACCAUGCGUAUACCAUGGAAUGGCUACGACGUUUCAGAAAUCAAGAAGCAGUACGUACAAUUGGAACAAAGUAUUCCUCUAGAUUUAUGCGAUUCUCCACCAAUAAUUCAUAGUUUAUUAGAAGUAGCUUUACAAAUUGAUCAUACCAAAAGAAGUAUCGAUCUUAUUAAAACACGCAGAUUGUUGCAGGGUCUCGAAAUACAACACGAGUAUAAGGACGAAUGCAAAGAAAGUAAAAAAAAAGAAAUUGACAAGAUAGUUGUAACACCAACCAUUGAACCCUCGACUGCAACUGAUUGUAAUAGCGCACCAUCGGCGAUAUCAUUAAAUCAAAAUGUCGACACUGUAAAAAGUAGAUCAUGUUUGGAUUCUACGAAAAUCAAAAGUCUAGCUCAAAAAAAGACUUCGAACGAAGUGUUCACAGAGGCACCAAAUUCAAAAUUAAACUCACUGACUCAAAAUGAUCGAUCGAACUUUGUUUCGAGUCCAAAAAGAUCAAUCGAAAGAUAUAAUCAUAAAGAAAUGAAAUUGAAUUCAUUGGAUAAAAAGGAAAAUAAGGAAAAUAAAAAUAAUUCGAAAAAAAGAAGUAACGACGUCAAUUCUGACUUACCAGAAUUACAAUCUUACACUGCAUUUAAAAAGUCACAAUUUAUGAAAAAUUCAAUAUCACCAAAUAGUAAAAAUGAAAAAGUAAAAGUACCUAAAAUUCUGUCUGACUCUACUUCUAGUACUAUAUCUGCGAUAUCUUCUACGUAUCUUGACAUUACAGAAGAUAUUGCAGCACAGACUAACCCACGUGCUAAUUUGCAACGUUUGAAAGAAAUUCUUGCUAAUAAAAGAGAAUGUUUCUUUAAGAAUAUCGAAACACCCCAGACCCCUGAAAAAAAUCAAAAUGAUUCAAUCGUCGAGUCAGAAAUAUUGGCCAAAGUAAAGAGUAGAGAUUACGAGCCACAUAAACCUGCUAGUCAUAAGACAAGUUUAGAAAAAAAAUAUAAUAAAUCUCCCGGUUCAUACGAUUCGCCAUACGUAUCACCAUAUAUUUCGCCUAAUCAACCAACUUGCAAACAACCUUACUCACAGAUGCCUACACAUGUGAGAACCGCAAUAAUGAAACCUCGUGUAAUAAUACCGCAUCCUCGAGGCUUUUUCGAAACAUCCUUGUGGAAAAAAGAAAAAGAAAUAUGUAUAUCCAAAAUGUGGAAGGAGGAUCCAAUCGUUACACAAAUAUCUGCGGAAAGUACAGAAAAUCCUGUUACGAAAUUAGACGAACUUAUAAAACCUCUGGAAACGUGUAAUGUUAACAACAAAUCAGAAAAUGUAAAAAAGCAAAGUAAACAAAAGGACAGGGUACUUACUGAAAGUCUAACUGAGUUUGAGUCGAUACCAGAAAUCGAUUCGUUACAAGUUUUGAAAGAAGCGUUGGAUAGAGCAACAGAAAUAAUUUGUGCAAGUAAAUCUAUCCAGAAUGAACCAGACGCAACAUAUUUACCUUCUCAUCGAUCCUGUGAUAAUAUUAAUACUAUAACAAAUAACAAGUACAUUAGUAAAUCGUUCCUGGAUAAGGCAUAUGAAUUAGCUUAUACCGACGAUAUCAAAGAAGAAAAAAGAAAAGAAAUAAACGAUGCAAAUAAAACGUUAAUGUCAAAUAACAAUCAAUCCUUUGAUAACGAAUUAAAUAGUAAUACAUUGAAAGAAAAUAUCAAUAAUUCUAAAAAGACUAACUGUACUACGAGAGAAAACCAAGAUGGAAUCUACAGAGCAAAUAUCUGUCAUUUAAAACACUCAUUACAUGAUGUUGAUACGAUUAAAUCUAAUAAUAAGAAAUUAUCUAACAGAAAAUAUACUGAGAAUUUCUUUUCUUCAAUGUCUACCGAUGAAAAGCAAAAUGUGGAAUCAUCGAGCAAAAAUUGCAGUAAAUGCAAUAAUAAAUUAUCAUUAAAAAGAAGGUUUUCUUUACCAAAUAUUAUUCCUCAUCAUAAAGUAGGGAAUCAUUCGUAUUUAGGCAAACUACCGAUACGUAAGGCUGAUAAUUCUCCUAAUACCUCGAUAGAGGAUUUCUACAUCGACGACGAUAAUUUAGAAUUAAAGAAUUUAAAUAUUAAUAUGGUAUUAUUGAACGACGAUGAAGUUUUCUACGAUAAUUAUUUCUUUGACAAAAAAACAACUUAAAAUUUCAUUUUAUAAUGCGACCAUUUCUUUUUAUUUUAUUCAAGUGAAUUUUUUCCACAAGUUUUGUUCUUCAAAGAUUUGACUAAAACUUAAUAUUAAUAUAAGUAAACUCCAACUAUGUGGUUGGCAUACAAAGUAUUAGAAAGAGAGAGAGAGAGAGAGAGAGAGAGAGACAUAGAAUAAGAAAAGAAAGAAAAAACGAAGCCUUAUUUUUACUUAGAAAUAGAAAUUUGCUAACAAUAAGUUCUAUUGUUCGUAUAAUAUAUAUAUUUUAUUUUUUUACGCGUUAUAUAUAUAUAUAUAUAUAUACGUUUAUUGUAUCUAAUUAAUAGUAGUCUAUACUUCCGUUGUAAGAUAUUAGUUUAAAUUAUAUUAUUAAUAUAAAAAACAAAACAUAUUAUUACUUUUUUCUCAAGCUAUAGAAAAUAAUAAGAUUUAUUUAAAUUGACAUAAUAUAGAAAUAUGUGUAUCAUAAAAUAAUUAUAAAUAGCGAAAAUUUAGUUUAAAUACUCAAAUGAAAAAAGAGAAACAAAUUAUUAACGACGGUAAAUUAAAAUGUUAAAUAUCGUUUUCCUAUAUGUUGCAAUUUAUCUAUAAGUUAUCGCAAUUAAAUGUACAUUUAUAAUAAAGCGUUUUUGUGUACAGAAA